CGUUCAUGACAGAUCAAGUAGGGCUGACUAACUCAAUCAUGAGCGACAGUAUAUUGUCAACGCUUCCAGGAAGCGAACCUAUUCGCGUGGGAAUAGUCGGAUAUGGAUACUCAGCCAAAACAUUUCACAUACCGCUUUUAACAUCGAAUGAAAAUUUCAAGUUCACAUCUAUCUCCUCGUCUCAGAAAGAGACCCUGGAGAGCAAAUACCCUGAUUUGGUAGUUUUCAACAGCCCUGAGGCUCUCAUCAAGGACUCUAAUGUACAGUUAAUUGUGAUCACAGCACCCAACGCGGUACACUUCUCGCUCGCCAAACUAGCCCUAGAAAAUGGGAAACACGUGGUGUUAGAGAAACCCAUGUGCAAUACAUUGACGGAAGCCAUGGAGCUCGUGACGUAUUCCACAUCCCAGGGGCUUUUACUAUCCACGUUCCAUAAUCGACGCUGGGAUGGGGAUUUCCUGACGGUAAAGAGUGUUAUCGAUGCAAACAAGCUCGGAGAUGUCCGAGUGUUUGAAAGUAGGAUGGAUAGAUUUAGACCCGUUGUUCGAGACAGGUGGCGUGAGAAUCCGGGACCGGGCAGCGGCAUAUUCUAUGACCUAGGCUCCCAUCUAUUAGAUCAAGCUUUGACCCUUUUCGGCGUACCCACAUCUGUCUCGGGUACAAGUGUAGCACUGAGACCCGGAGGAAGCACGGUUGAUUUCUUUGACGUGCACUUGCACUAUGAGGACUCGAAAGUAGAGGUUAUCCUGCAUUCGGGCCCGUAUUUUGCUGGAUGUAAUCCUAGAUUUACGGUGUGUGGCGAGAAAGGAACAUAUGUCAAGUUUGGUGUAGACGUACAGGAAGAUCAACUAAAGCAAGGUAUAACCCCGGCAGAUGCCGACUAUGGUGUUGAAAGUAAGGUAGCCUCAGCCGCCAAAUCAGGUGGUUUAUAUACGCCUCCGGGCGAGAGUGAGGUGGAAACCCUGGACGGAAGGUACCAAGCCUACUUUGAGAACAUUGCGGGUGUUUUGCACGGUGAAAGUGGGUGCGAAAGUCAUGUGCAAGGGGCUCAAGUGGUGUGGGUCUUGUUUCUGUUGGAGUUGUGCCAAGCGAGCUGUGACAAGGGUGUGCGCCUGACUGUGAAGGAUUCCAGUGCCGGUUUACCCGAGUAUCCGAUGCCAAGCAAGUAGUGGAUCGCGUGGCUAUUUAAUAUAGAUCGGAAUUGAUAAAUACUGUCGUGAAAACAGA